AUGUACGCCGCUCAGAAUAUAACGCCAACAGUUUUGGAUGCCAUGAAUGGAAAUGUUUCCGAAUGGUAUAACGAAUGCGACAAUGCCAUUAGAAGGUCAGAAAUAGUUCCUGGAACUUACGAAUAUACAACUGCUGUUUCUUAUGGAAACGUAGGUGAGUUUGGUGAAGGUUCUUCAACAACAGUAGAUAUUGCUUGCGACAGGUUUCACAUUAUUUCUAUUGACAACUCAUUCUUAUACGUGGAACAAGACAUUGAAAUAAAACCUUCUGCCAAGUUGUCUGACAAGAAAGGUUGCAAUGGAAUUUUCUAUGUCGGAUACCAAUAUGCUCCAGAAGUUUUCAUGGGAUAUAAGAUAUAUUCUAACUCUGACUUAGUUCAAACAGUAACAUGGGCAAACUAUGAAUGGUUCGCU